UGGAACUUCCCUGGAACGUUCUCCAACUGCCUCCAACGACCAACUGCUGCCUCCUCUCCUGCUGCUCCAGGACCCUUCCCUCACACUCCCCUCCUUUCAACACCAGCAGAGCCUGAUUGCCUUAGGGGCCCGACCCGUGGGGCAUCCUGGAGGGAAAUUUCUCCCCACCUUCUCCAGCCCAGACUUCCCACCGCCCCGCAGCCGCCACCUAACGGCUCCCUCACUGCUCUGGGUGCCCAUGGGCUGGACGACGAGGCUGGCCAUGGCAGCCCUGCUGCUGGGCGUCGUGAUGGUGGCCACGGGAGACGAGGACGAGAAUGACCCGUGUGUGUACGAGGCCCUGCCGGACGAAGAUACCGUCCUCUGCAAGGGCCUCGGCGUCUUCUACCCCGAGCUGGGGAACAUCGGCUGCAUGUUCAUUCCCGACUGCGACAACUUCAGACAGAAGAUCACCUCCUGGUCGGAGCCCAUAGUCAAGUUCCCCGGGGCCUUGGACGGGGCAAGCUACAUCCUGGUGAUGGUGGACCCCGACGCCCCGAGCAGGUCGGAGCCCAGGCUGAGGUUUUGGAGACACUGGUUGAUGACAGACAUCAAGGGUGCUGACUUGAAGAAAGGGAAGAUUCAGGGCCAGGUGUUAACAGCCUACCAGCCUCCCUCCCCGCCGGUGCACAGUGGCUUCCAUCGGUACCAGUUCUUCGUCUACCUCCAGGAAGGAAGGGCCAUCUCUCUCCUUCCUAAAGAAAACAAAACUCGAGCCUCUUGGAAAAUGGACAUCUUCCUGAACCGUUACCACCUGAAUGAACCGGAAGCAAGCACCCAGUUCAUGACCCAGAACUACCAAGAUUCGCCCAGGUUCCAGGCUCCGGGCAGCGACAAGGCCAAGGACAGACGCAACUAGAGAGGACUGCCUGCCUGCCUGCCUGCCAGACCGCCGGGGUCACCUAACAGCCGCGAGUCCACGCCGCCCACGCCCACCACCUACGGCCUGGCUGUGGGAGCCCCUCUGGGUACGGAACCCUUCUCCUCCUGAUUAAAAACAACGAAAAUCA